AUGAAUGACCUGCUGAAGGUGUCCCUGGUGCACAUCCUCACCCUGGCAGCCCUCAGCUUGGCUGAGAUGCUCCUGAAAGCUCCCUUGAUCAGCACUCCUCUGGAAACAGUGGAUGCGCUGGUAGAGGAUGUUGCCAAGUUUGUCUGUGUAGUGGAGUCGUAUCCUGAGCCGGAGAUUACAUGGACACGCAACAGCAUUCCCAUCAGACUCUUCGACACACGGUACAGCAUACAGAGGAAUGGGCAGCUCCUGACCAUUCUGAGCGUGGAGGACAGUGAUGAUGGGGUGUACUGCUGCACAGCAGAUAACGGGGUCGGAGCAGCUGCGCAAAGCUGUGGGGCUCUCCAAGUGAAAAUGCGACCCAAAAUAACCCGACCACCUAUAAAUGUGGAAAUAAUAGAAGGGUUAAAGGCUGUUCUUCCAUGCACUACAAUGGGGAAUCCAAAACCUUCUGUUUCAUGGGUCAAAGGAGAAACAGUUGUAAAGGAGAACGCUCGCAUUGCUGUCCUCGAUUCAGGGAGUUUAAGGAUACACAAUGUUCAGCGAGAAGAUGCAGGACAAUAUCGUUGUGUAGCCAAGAACAGUCUGGGCACAGCCUACUCGAAACCUGCAACUGUGGUAGUGGAAGUGUUUGCCAGAAUUCUGAAGGCUCCUGAAUCCCAGAAUAUCACCUUUGGGUCUGUGGUGACAUUGCAGUGCACGGCAACCGGGCUUCCAGUCCCUACCGUCACCUGGCUGGAAAAUGGGAAAGCUGUUUCUGCAGGAUCUAUUGUGGAAAGUGUCAAGGACAGGGUGGUUGACUCCAGACUGCAGGUGUAUGUCUCCCGACCAGGCCUGUUCACUUGCCUCGCCCCAAACAAACACAGCAAAAAAAUUUUGGGAGCCGCAAAAGCUGCAGCAACCAUCAGCAUUUCAGAGUGGAGCAAGCUAUACAAGGGUGAUGCAGGUUACUGCAGCAUGUACAGAGGUGAGGUGUGUAGUGCUAUCUUGGCGAAGAAUGCUCUUGUUUUCUUCAACUCCUCCUAUGCUGACCCAGAGGAGACCCAAGAGCUGCUUGUGCACACUGCCUGGACUGAACUGAAAAUGGUGAGUUCAUUCUGCCAACCAGCCGCUGAGUCUCUGCUGUGUAACUACAUCUUCCAGGAGUGCAAUCCCUCGGGAGCUGGGCCAGCUCCAAAACCAGUGUGCAGGUAA